GUGCAGCUGCGCGGUCUAGCGGGUCGCGCGCUAGCGUGGCAGAAGGUCCCCAUCAAGGGCUUCAAGAUCCAGCAGAAAGACGAGGCCUACGUCUGGGGUGACACCAGCGGCUGGGCGGCCUACCGCGGGCGUCAUCUCGGCUGCCGAGUCCAGAAGGUCCCCUUGGAGGUGGCCUGGGCGCAGACGCUGGCCCGAAGGGUCCCCCCAGAGGGGCAACGGUGGCUCAGCCUCCGACGGCUCGUGCAUCAGCAUACCCAGGCCGUGGAGCGCCAGGACCUGACGCUGGCACGCCGCCUCGCAGAGCAGGCCGGCCCCCUUGCUGCGGCCUUGCAGUCCGCCGGGGAGGAGUCGUUGCAGGGCAUUUCGAUCCCGGAGCUGCUUGAGCAGGCGCCGCGGCUCGCCGGGGCCCUCGGUCGUGAGUGCGACCGCCGAGUCAAGGCAGCAGCUGCCGAGGCGCGGCGCGCCUGGUCUGCCUUCGCGCAGGAGGCCGUGGCUGGCAGUGGCAGGGCCGCCCACAGGGUCAGCAGAG